ACAGACCUCUGUCUCUGUCCAUCUGUCUGUCCGUCUGUCUGUGUGUCUGUCUGUCUGUCCGUCUGUCUGUGUGUCUAUGUGUCUGUGUGUCUGUCUGUCUGUCUGUCUGUCUGUCUGUCUGUCUGUCUGUCACCAUCUGGACUUGAGGAGGAUCUGAUGGACCUGGUGCUGCUCUUCACUCUGUCGCUCUGCUGGUGGACGGUGGCUGGCAGGUCACUAUGGAGCGAGACAGAUCCUCAUCGCCACUGACGAGAUUGAGGACGGAGGGACAGUGAAGGUCGUCUGUACUCUUCCUAUCAACUACACCGGAGGCGACUGUCGCCUGUGGAGAGAACACUCCCACAAACCCUUCAAAGUGUUUACGAUGACGGCUUUCAGCUGCACCUUUUACGUGACCUCAAAGGAGCUACUGGGGACACACCAGGUGGGCAGUCGUGUCUACCUCAAGUGUGACUAUCACCUGCAGCAGUACACUUCACCGUUCAGUGACAUCAGAGGUGUGACCGUCUGGGUGAUGACCCCUCGCCUCACAGGUGCAUGCCGGGAAGUGAAGUCUUACAGCGGAGGACAGCCUGCGCUCUCCGCGGCCUUGAACUACAUUUCCCGACAUGCCCCGAAGUUUUCUUCCUUCCCUCCUUCCUUCCUGCAGCCUCGGCCCUUCUGCCGUGAAAAAGGAAGAUGAGAAGCAGCGGCGGUCCGCCGACACUGAGCCGACACUAAACCGAGUCUGACUUCCAGCGGAAUGGCGGCAGAGCGGCUGCUGACGGACCGGAGCCCGAGCGCAGCUGCUGUUCCCCGGCCUUGAACCCGUCACGACCGCCGCUGGAGCCGCUGGAGUCCCAGAGCUGCGGAGCCUGGAGGAGCGGCGGGUGGAGCUGCAGCCUGCCGGGCCGGGCCGUGCUGAGCCGUGCUGAGCUGAGCCGUGCUGAGCCGUCGUCUCCCGCCCUGCUAACGAUGUUCAGCUAGCUGCAGGACUGAAGCCUCGACUGCACCGCACCCUGAAACCAGAGCCGACCUCCCCCUGCCCCCCCCCCCUCAGCGUCCCUGCAGGCGGCAGCAUGGAGCGCUCCGGCAGCAUCCAGCUGGACAUCCCGGACUUCAGUAACUCCGUUCUAUCCCACCUGAACCAGCUGCGUGUUCAGGGCCGCCUCUGCGACAUCGUGGUCAACGUACAGGGUCAGAGCUUCCGGGCUCACAAGGUGGUCCUCGCCGCCAGCUCGCCGUACUUCCGAGACCACAUGUCUCUGGGCCAGAUGAGCACCGUGUCGCUGACAGUGAUACGCAACCCGUCAGUGUUCGAGCAGCUGCUGUCCUUCUGCUACACGGGCCGCCUCUGCCUGCAGCUCGCCGACAUCAUCAGCUACCUGACGGCCGCCAGCUUCCUGCAGAUGCAGCACAUCAUCGACCGAUGCACGCAGAUCCUGGAGGGCAUCCACCUGAAGAUCAGCCUGGCCGACUUGGACGAGGAGCCCAGGGAGGAGGAGGCGGCGCGCAGCUCCAAGAGCAGCAGGACCCUGGAGGCCGUGGUGCGAGCCGGCGGUCAUCACACCGGACUGCGGCUGAUCAGUGCACGGGGAGGUGUGGAGGCGUGCGAGGCAGUCAGCCCCGCCGAGGAGCCGCUCAGCCCUCUGCCGACAGUGGAGCACAGCGGGCUGGAGGGGCCUGGGGCUGCCUCCGGCCGAGCGGGCAGAGAACCCAUCCUUCGCAUCAACCGGGCCGGUCAGUGGUACGUGGAGACGAGCAGCGAGCCGGAGCGCACCGGCAGUGCCGAAGAGGGCAGCGGCAUGGACCGGGUGAGGAUCAAGACGGAGAGGAUGGAGGAGUGGAUCGGAGCGGGGGAGCACCAGGAGGAGGGGGGGCCGGUGGAGGAGGAGACCACCGUGAUGAUCGACACGUCGGGACGCAGCACGCUGGUGACGGGGCCGGUGGGAGGGCUGGGGACCCGCAGCGCCCAGCCAUCCUCCAGCUUCAGCGAGACAGACAGGUUCAGUCCCACCGGCAGCGUGGUUGUCCUGGCAGAGCGUCAGAGAGCGAAGAGCGAGUCUCCCAGCAGGGCGGACGAGCUGCGACAGCCGAGCUCACAGGGGGAGGAGCAUGCAGCGUUUGAUAUGGGCGGCUACGAGGACUACCUGAGGGAGCAGGUAGGCGACCGCUGGUUCCGCUACAACCCCCGCCUCACCUGUAUCUACUGCUGCAAGUCCUUUAACCAGAAAGGCAGCCUGGACCGCCACAUGCGCCUACAUAUGGGCAUCACGCCGUUCGUCUGCCGCAUCUGCGGGAAGAAGUAUACCCGCAAGGACCAGCUGGAGUACCACAUCCGCAAGCACACCGGCAACAAGCCCUUCCACUGCCACGUCUGCGGCAAGAGCUUCCCCUUCCAGGCCAUCCUCAACCAGCACUUCCGCAAGAACCACCCGGGCUGCGCCCCCCAGGAGGCCCACAGCGCCUCCCCCGAGACCACCACCGCCUCCGUCACGUCCAGGGGAGGGCCAAGCGAUGAGGCCUCCCCCAGCCAGGAGGAGCCCGAGGGUGGGGGCAGCGGUGGCGGAGGCCAGUACAGUGAGGGUCCUCAGGCCUCGGUCUCCACCACAGGGCCUGACUGACCCCGCGGAGGGGGAGGGGGGAAGGAUGGAGAUUGUGGUGGGGAGUGACAGACGUGGAAGGCCGCUCUGAUCCUGUUGCACCUGAAGCCAACGGGACGCUGAAGGCGUCGAGUCAAAGCAGUGACUGAAAAGACGCCUCAGAGUCUGAACUGAGAUUUUUCCGCUUUAAACCGCAUCUACCUUCACUAACCAAACCGAACAGAUCGAGAGAAAAUGAAGAAAUGCCACACACUCCUACAACCUCAUACACCACACGAUGACGUGGUCCUCGUUUGCCUCCGUCUAGUUUAUGUUACAGAUUUCUACUUUUAUAUUUACAGGUCCUACAGGUUCACAAAGCAGCGUCACAACAGUCUGUCUGGUGGAAACUUUGCCAAACUUCUCAGUGCCAGUUUAAUAGGUAGAAUCCUUCGUAUUUGCCUUGAGACAAUCUGGAGCAGCUGGUUAAUAACAAUAACCCUGCGCGCUCUUUAACGUGCCACAGCGGCAUUAAAAAGUUUAGUUGCACAAAAAGAUUCAAUGAGAAAAAACUACGACUGUUAAAGUUCAGCUGUGAUCAGAGUUCCUCAGUCUUUGUGACGUUAGAACCAAUUUAAUAUCUUUAUGUUCUCAUGAAGCUGAAAACAUUUCACAUCACGCAGAGAUUUCACCAACACCUGCAGGGCUGCAGCUAAACAUUAAUGAGGAGUCAGUUUAUUGAUAAGUACGUUAAUUAUUAAUUCUAUAAAAUAUUAGAAAAUAUAAUAAAAAGUCUUGUUUUCAGAUGUCUGUUUGUUGUGAUCGACAGUGUAAAACCCAAGAAGAAGAUAAAGACGUUCAAACCAGAACAUGUUUCUAAUUUAAUUUUUCCAAAAUCAUCUAAAGUUAAUAAUCAUGAUCAAAAAAGUUAAUUUAAACAAAGUGAUUAAAUCAGUUUAUCGUUUCACUUUUGUUGCUUCGGGAUUCUUGAACUUUGUUCUCAGAAGCAGAAAAGUCAAAAUUAUUCACUGUUCGUCGUCACAUAAUAAAAACAAAUAAAUAUAAGUUAAGGGAGCCCAAUGUGUGGAGUUUACAUGUUCUCCCCAUGUCAGCGUGGGUUGAGUUCCUCUCAGCAGCAGUUUAAAGUUGAAUCGUGCCAAACCUUAGUUUCAGUUUAACAACUGAACCUUCUGGAAAAGUUACAAAAUAAUCAGUAUAAUCUGUAAAUUCUAGAUUUAAAUAAUAAAAUCAUAGACAUCAGAGGCAUUAAUAUGAAGCGUUGGCACCAUCUUGUUUCAAAAUGUGUGAUGUUUUCUUAAUGAGUGAUGGUUUGAUGUAGAAAGACCAUCUGUAUUAGAGAUUCUAAAAGGGUUGCUUACUCAACUAUUCCCAGAGCUUUCAACUGUAUCACAUGACCUUCCCCAGCAAAUCAAACCUGCUCAGGUGUCAUCAGGACUUGGGUCACGUGGUAAAAGGUGGGCGUAUGUGGGGGGACAUUACAACCCUCGUUCAUGCUCAAGGACGCCCCCCCCCCAUUGCAUCACCAGAAGAAGAUCAUGGGAUGCAUCUGAAAGCUCUGGGAACAAAUAGGUAUUGACAUCAUGCAGUAAAAACAGUCUUGAGUAAAAGGCGAAGAACUCUGAUCACGCUGGAAUAAUUAAUUUGGCAGUAAAGUAAAUUCUUAAGAUUAUGGUUUGAUGAUAUUAAUGAAGUGAGUUUUAAAGAUCUGGCGGUUAGAAAGGACCAUCUGGCAGCCUGUUGACUGAACGGACUCACAGCAGGAAACCUGGACGGCGUCCAGCCUCAGAUAAGCUACACAGCUCAGUUACCUCUCAUCACUACGCAAUACAGCUGCUGCACUGCACAGCACAGCACCACCGGGGGGCGCUCUGACCCACUCACACAGGGCGCUCCGUCUGUCUUCUCAGAUAUUUUUAUAAACAAGCAUGUGUUUUAUCUUUUCUUUGUUUUUCUUGGACACUUUUUUGCUCUGACAAUGUGUGUGACGGACGACAGGAGCUUCACGUUCGAGGAGACGUGUCACGUCCGAUCAGUAACGUCUGUCAGUGUCGCAUUAAAUCUGCUGCACGUCAACGACUCAAAAUUAAUAAACAUAACUGAUAAAAUAACUUUGAAUUCAGUCAGGGAGAAUUAACAGAAAACUACUGCCAGCUGAUGAGUACAUUAGCUGUCAUCAUCAAAAUGGAGACAGGUUAUGCUAACAUUAGCUUGCAAGCUAACUCUUUUUUGCUUACUUAUCAUGUAUCCUGUAUCAUGUUGUAUUCUAUUUCAGGACAAUUAUAAUUCAUUCAUUUGUGCUAAUAGGCUAAUUAUAAGCUAGUUAGCUGGAAGUGUGCUGACUUAGUUUCGUAUUAAUUUGUCUUGGACAGACUCAAAAAUCAACAUUAGCUAGCUAAGUUUUUGCUCACUCAUUGUUCUGUAGUGUUAUUUUGUUCCACACCACAAACAUUCUUUUCUAAAGGGCAGACACAACAUUAAAAUUGACAUUAGCUCACCAGCUAACUCAGUUCUUCCUUACUGAUCAUGUAACUUUACAAAUAAUAUUCCAGUGGUUCUAUUAUUACAUUCAUCAUAACGUUAAACCAGAGAUCUCUGUUGCUCAAAGAGUUAAUGAUCAUGUCCUAAUCAGCUACCUUUUAGUUAACUGUUAAUAUUUGCUAAGAAAACAUUAAUUUACUCAAUUACUCAUUAUGAACACUUUGUAUUCUAUUUCAAAACAAUUCUGUGGCACAAACUGGAACGUGUGAUUAGCCUAACCCUUCGCUCUGUUUCUUAAACAACAGCGCUCUCAUUUUAGUGGAGAGCGUCAGGUUGGAUUAACGAACACACCCUAUAGCUUGAUAUGAUUCUUAUUACAGGCUUGUAAUUCAACCUGGAUAAAACAUCUACAGGACACGUCACCACAACAUCACGUGACACUUCUGAUGAUGACGACAGACGCAGUUGUUGAAACUGUCAUGUAAGGGAUAAUGUAUAAUGAUCCGGUGAAUACUGGGAAAAUAACUCCCGACAGGGGAAUAGAACCCCGACGCGCAGCGGAGUUGUUUUCCCAGUAUUCACCGGCUCAUUAUACAUUAUCCCACUUAUUACACGGCUAAUUAUCAGUUAAAUAAAUAAUUUGAGACAGAAUAUUGAUUAAUUAUACGAUUUUUAUUGAUUUAUAAAUUAAAUUGGGAGGAGAGAAAAAAAAAACUGCCGGCAACGGCUGAAUCUGCGCUACAGUAGCUACAGGGAAUCAAGAUCAAUGAUCAACCUCCCUGUCGUCCACAAUCUUGUGUCUCCUCUCUUUUCCGUGUGCCUCUGAGCAUCCCUCUUCUCCGGCAUUCUUCUCAUCUUCAGCCAGUAACCAUGACUCAAGAUUUUCAUGCUCAUCAAAUAUGUUAAAAGUUAUAUCAUGAAAAUACUCCAUCUUUGUAUCUUGUAAAUUAUUAUUAUUAUUAUUAAGUGGUAACGGCUACGUUAGCCCGAUAAUAAAGUAACUGUUGUCAGGGCAGCGUCCCUAGCAACGCUGGGCUACAUAGCAACGGUCAUUACACAGUAAUAUCAGACCUCUGAAUGCCGCAACUAACCAAUCAGAAUACAGCAUUUAAUAGAGCCGUGUAAUAAGGUAUGAUAAAACAACACUUAAGAACCGUAUCAAGCUACGUAUAAAAAGUAGGCUAUAUGAAUUUGUUUGGACGAACACACCCUAUAAUUUAUUCAGGCAUGCUAAUAGGCUAAUUGUGAACUGGUAAGCUGAGCUUAGUUUGCUAACACAAGUUAGUAUUAUUUUUUUCAUAGACAGAUUUAAAAAUCUACGUUAGCUAGCUUUUUUCUUUUUUUUGUGCAUUAUUUCCAGUAGCACAGUAUUUUUUGUUGUUGUUGUUUUAUUUAGUUAACAGAAAUUGAUUCAUUUUAGUUAGUUUUAUUUUCCUUAGGCAGACACAGAAAAAUUACAUUAGCUCACAAGCUAACAGAUUUUUGGUUACUUAUUACUCAUAUCAUUUUUGUUUGUUUUUAACUUUGCAUAUACAAUUUGUAUUCCAGUCGUUUAGAGCUAUUACUAUUCAUGACAUUAAUUAUUAAGAAUAGUUUUCUGUAGGCUAACACACAGAUUAACGUUAGCUUGAAAGCAAACUGAUUUUUUUGGCUUAUCCAUUGUUUUCUAAGCUGAUGUUGUCAAACAUUAAUAUUUCCAAGAGAAAUACACAGAAAGUCAACAUUCUAUUAGCUGUGUUAGCUCUUAUGCUAACGUUAGCUUGCAAGCUAAGUGAAUUUUUGCUUCCUCACCACGUACAAUUAUGGGUGCGUUCAUAAAUACUCGCUGUGGGAAUGCACCGUUCGGUUCUCUAGAACACAGUCUGAGCAGCAGAGUGCCGAGCGGAGUGAACAUACGAUUAACUUAAUAGUAAUUAAUUCACACUGCCAUUUAAAUGUACAGCGCCAGAUUGGAUUCAUGAACGCACCCUUACUUACACACAUAGACCUCCAUUUUUAAAAGCUAAUGUAUGUGAGCUAGAUAGCUAAUGUUAGUUUGCUAAUGUUUCACAGUAUGGAAACUUUAAGGAAAACUUAAGUGUUUUCGGGGUGGAUAGUGUAGCUGAACGACGUCAGUCUCAUCUCUCUGUGUGCUCUGUAGGUCCAGGAUGUGUUAGCCUAGCUUAGCACAAAGACUGGAAAAAGGGAAAACUAGUAUCCUAGCAAUAUGCUAUGUUGACUCAAGCUCUUUAGCUAAUGUUUGCUCGCUAGCUAACAGGAAGUUAACUUUUCCAAUCAGGAUAUUAUUCUUAUGAUAUUGAUAAAAUACUGUGUUUCCCCCUCUGUGCUGAGCACAGUCGCACAUGUGCAGUAGAGGUAAUGCGUCAUCAGCACAGAAGGUUCUGAUUCGGUCAUUGAUCGGGUAGCGACAGGUGGAGGACCCUGUCAGACCAGAUGGAUGUAGGAGCCAGGCCACGGAGCUGGACCACAACAGAACCCUCCAAGUUCACCUGCCGGAGGGCGGGAGCAGGUCGGACCACCUGGCAACCAAAGGAAAGACGAGGUGGCCACGUUGGCCCUCCAAAACAACUUCAGCACUUAUCAGAGAGAGACACGGGAUCAAAAACAAGUUUUUAUAAAAACAGAACAAUAUAAAAUCACAUAUUAUCAGACAUAUUUAAACUACUAAGAUGUUUUUUUGCAUAUGAAUAAUGUAAGUAAGCUAGGAGUUAAAUUCAGAUGUAUGGUAGGUAGGCAGGUAGCACAUGGAUCGGCUGUUACUGUUUUUCUACGGAGCUGUGAAACAGAUUCUCAGUGGACGGUAAAUUUUUUUAUGCAAGUGAAGCCAGCGGCUCUGUCCUCACUCCGGCUGGCUGGACUCGACUGUCCUCACUCCGGCUGGCUGGACUCGACUGUCCUCACUCUGGCUGGUUGGACUCGACGGUCCUCACUCCGGCUGGCUGGACUCGAUGGUCCUCACUCUGGCUGGCUGGACUCAAGUGUUCCUCCCAGAUCCCGCCACCGCCGCACUCACUCUUCAGGCUAAACCAGGAACUAUCAGGUAUACAGACUCUUUGUUUUAUUCAGUGAAUCGGACGUUUACCUUUCCCUACGUAGCAGAAUGCUAACAGCUAAACCUCAGUGCGAGCUUCAGGCCGCAGAAAUAAAACUCACCUGUAAAUAAACUCAACAGCAGGAAGAGCUCCUGCCAGUCACUGCAGAGGACGACAGAAAACACAAAACAGGGCUGGGCAACAUGGAAUAAAAAUCAGUUGUCAUGACAACCACAAGACCUCUUAUCAAUGUACCACGGCAGCAGAAAAUACUGCUUUCUGAUUGGCUGGCAGAUAUUUGUAAAACUCCUGUAUGAAGAGACGCAGCGGCAAAACCAGAUGUAUCUUCAUAACUGAGGACAUCUUGUUUUAUUUCUGCUCACAUCAGAUUUCACUUCAGCUCAUCUGGUUCAUGAAUUUUAUAAUGUGUAAAAACAAAGUCCUGAAAUAAUGAAUUUUCAGCCGGCUUUUUUUUUUAAGAAGUCCCAAAACAAAUGCAGCAAAUAUUCUCUACAGAAAUCUACAAAUGUUAAUUUAGUUUGCUGUUUAUGAUACAAAUAUACAGAUUUAUUUUUAUCUUCACAGAACUUUGUUCACGUCUUAAAUCUCACAAAACCAGAAAAUAAUAACUGCAGUAUUUCCGCUCCGUACAAGCCAACUGAAAAGUUUGCACACUGUGACUUCUGCAUUAGAUAUGAUUUACAGGGUGUCGGCUGAAAAGCAGUGUUGUGCUGCCCUCUGUUAUUCUGUG